AUGUUUCUAAUGCUGGCUGAUCGCGUUUUCCUAACACAACCGAAAAUGACGUGCCUUUACACGUUGAUGUUUUACAACGUCGUUACUUACUGCAUUGGUUAUAUCGAGGAACUGAUCGAAAGGAAGGAUUGGUCGCUUCGCGUGACUCUCACGGAAAAGUCAAAGAUUAAACAUCUGGCCAUGUCUGCCACCAAAAUAGCGUUGGAGUGGACUAAAGCCGUCACUUUUAUCGUGACCUUGACGUUCGUGUUCCUGGUCUUUGGCUUGCAUCAAGGUCUCGAGCGUUACAAACCAUCGACGAAUUACGUAACGAUAACCUGGAUCUAUUAUCUGACAACGGAGAAAGUGUUCGUCGAAACGUUUCCCUCCAUCUUGAAAUCUUUUCGUUCGGACAUGUUCGAAAAUCUCGAGGAACUUUACGCCUCGAUGAUAUUGAAAUCAUUUGCCGUUGGCGCUUCUGCGUGCCUGGUCGCGAUACUCGCGCCGCUAGCAUCCUGGAAAUUUUUACUCGUCGCCGUCUAUUCCAACGUUUAUUUAACAUCGAAAGAUCUGUUGCGAAUAUCUGGCUGGCCCGCGUUGAAACUAGAACGUGAAACGUUGAAUCGUUAUAGGAAAGCAACGGCUGAAGAAAUCGAACGAUUCGACGAUGUCUGCCCUGUUUGUCUCUGCGACAUGAUCGGCGCCAGAGUAACACCGUGCUCCCAUCUUUUUCACGCUGAUUGUUUGCGUCAGUGUCUGAAGACGAACGACGCUUGUCCCAUGUGCAAGAGAGAAUUGACGUUAGGAUCGACGUCGACGAGUCGCAAAGUGGUUGUUCGUGAUAUUGCCGAAUAGGUUAUUCGUGAAAUUGCGAUCGACCGAACACCGUAAAAUGUGCACGUUAAACUUAUCCGGAUGUGAGGAUACCUUUGACGUAGAGUCAACAGUCACAACUACUUUUCCUACUACGAGUACCGUACGAGUGCGAGAUGCUGUGCCUUUCUGUGAGAAAUGUGGCAAUCGAGAGACGCGAGUGUUUUCGAAGAACAAACACGAGUAUUGCGAAAGGUGCUUCUCGACUACGCUGAGACGCAAGUUUCGAGCAACUUUGAGUAAAUCUAAAUCGGUGCGUACGAAUGACUCGAUACUCGUUGCUCAUUCUGGGAAAGCAAAUUCAACUUUACUUUUGCAUCUUGUCGCGACCGACGCGGCGAACCAAUCAGUUUCCAAGAAACUUCGACUUUCGUUUAAAGUUCUUUACAUAGAUGAUGGUAUGGCGAAAGGACGUUCCAUCGAAGAGAGAGAAUCUAUUCAAAGUGCAUUGGCCAAGGAAGCUGAAAAUUUGCAAUUGACCAUGUACGUUCUACCUUUGUCAAACUGUGCGAUCGACAGCGGCAUCCGUCAAGAGAUACGCCUGAUAAACGAACCCCCGUUGAUGAACGCGACGAGCGAGAAUACGAGGAUACGAGAAAUAUUUGAUAAUUUGGAAAACGAUACGGCCAAAGAUGAAUUGUUGCAACGAUUGAGACUAAGAUUACUCGUAUCUGCAGCACGUACGCUUGAUUGCGAUAAAAUUUUCAUUGCCGAUGCGUCUGUUGACCUUGCGGUAAAAGUUCUCGACAAUGUAUCGACUGGAAGAGGUUCUCAAUUGCCUUUCAACGUUGCGUCUUCCGAUACGAGAUACGACGACGUAACGCUACUUCGGCCACUUCGAGAUUUCACGCGCGACGAUAUAACUGGAUAUUUCAAGUGUUACGAUCUACGUCCGAUUCUUGAUUCUGACAAAUGUAAUGUAUGUUCUUCCUUUCCCGCGUCUGUGCGAAAUGUUACGAGAAAUUUUCUUCGUAAAUUAGAUUCCGAAUUUCACGGCACCGUACCCACGAUAUAUCGUACCGGUGAGAAAUUAGCCGCAAAGAGAGUGGAAUGUGAGAACAGCGACGCGAGGAUCCGUGCUGAUGUCGACGAUGACGAUGAUAUCUGUGUGCUUUGCGAAUUAACGUCAGAUUCCUCUUAUUUGUCGAAAGAAGGACCGUCUGUUGUACGGGCAAAGUUGUUUUCGAAAUUAGUUUCUACGGUUGCGGACACUUUGUUCGACGGGGCUGCAAAUUCGCCAGAUAUUCGCAACCUGUCGAGCAACGAGCGAGUUGAAAGCAUAAAUUUAGCUUUAAAAAAGGAGAAACGUCAAUGUCGGAGUGACGCAAUCAUGUCUGACGAUAACGGUGACUUGUUCAAGUACCAGGCUCACAAAGCAGCGAUACAGAGCCCUGUAACUGAAUUGGGUUCGGUUCUGGUUCAUAAUCAGUAUCAUGCCGAGUGUAGAGAUUUCGAGCUAAAUGUAGCUAAAUGCAUCGAUGCAUACGGAUUUCACAAAGCGAUAAAAGAGUGUCGGUCGUUGAUCCAUGAUUUCGAAGAAUGUGUGUUUCAAGAAAAGAGAAGACAAAGAUAUGAGAUAAUAGUUUCGGAAUUCAAUCGUCAGGUCAAAGCUGGAGAAAGAAAGUACGAAAAGGCGCCGUUUAUCUCUUUCCUUUAGAAUCUAUUGGAAAAAAGUAUACUUUUGUCUCUCGAGUAGUGUUUACGGUGUAUCUUGAAUAAGUCGAACUGUAUAAAACUGUCAAAUUGUAUAAACAGUUUGUGAUAACCAAUCGCGAAAGAAGGUAUAGUUUAUUCUUCCAUUCUCAUUUUUCCUGUCUCACGUAUCACGUUCCAAAGUUGUCGCGAUCAGUCUCGUGACUUGCCAGCGUUUGUCAAAUUGUAUCGUCAAGCACGUUGAAUUUAACGCAAAUGAAUAAAGUGAUAAUGACG